AUGACGAAUGAUUCCUAUCUCUCAGGAAGCGACGAAUCUGCUGGUGGUGGCUUCAUUGUUAACGACCCAGACAGAUCUCGUAGAGGUCUGAGAAGAAAGGCUGGCACGGUGAAAUCAUACAAGGAAGAGUCGGAGGAUGAGAACGGAGGCGUUGCAGCCACUAGUACUGCUCUGAAGUCAAAGGGAGCGCCUCGGAAAACGCCUCAGAGACGUGCUACACGCGUCAAAAGGAAGCUAGAGUCCGAUAACGAGGACGAGUUCACUUUAAGUGGUGAUGGAAAGAGUGAUGAUGACGACGACGACGACGCUUUCGAAGUCAAGGAACUCAAGGAUGAAGAUGAGGACGAUGAUAUUGCUCUCAUCAGCUAUUCCCGCUCAAACGAGGGCCAGACACUGGAAAACCCUAUAGACCUUGAUGACGAUGAAGAAGAGCAACUUCUCAGCGCGUCGCCACCUCCCAAGAAAGUUAGGGCAAAGAAGCUGACGACAACUACGAAGAAGCCACGGAAGAAGAAGGAGCCAAAGGUGAAGGUCCCUUACUUUACGCGUGCAACCAACAAAUUGUAUGAGCAACAUCCAGAACUCAAAGAUGUGUUCCCAUAUUUACAGUCUUUGGAGCGUAUCAAGGUAGAGCGUGCGCCACAGCCCGGUGGAAUGAAUAUCAAGUUGCUUCCUUUUCAGCUCGAGGGUCUCAAUUGGCUCAUCAAACAAGAGGAUGGUGAGUUUGCUGGCGGAGUGUUAGCAGACGAGAUGGGAAUGGGAAAAACCAUUCAAACCAUUGCUCUCUUCAUGCACGACUUGACCAAACGGCCCAACUUGGUGGUGGGGCCCACGGUGGCGCUCAUGCAGUGGAAGAACGAGAUCGAGGCCCACACUGAAGAGGGCAAGCUUAAGGUACUCUUGUUUCAUGGUGCCAAUCGUUCUACAGACAUCGAGGAGCUUCUGAAAUACGACGUCAUUCUCACUUCCUAUUCGGUGUUGGAAAGUGUCUACCGAAAGGAAAAGUACGGAUUUAAGAGGAAAGAUGGCUUGGUCAAGCAGAAAUCUCCGCUACAUGCUAUCAAGUUUUACCGAGUCGUGUUGGAUGAAGCACACAACAUCAAGGACAGAACAAGUGGUACGGCCAAGUCCGCCAAUGAGCUUCAGUGUGAGAAACGUUGGUGUCUUUCUGGUACGCCCUUGCAGAAUCGUAUCGGAGAGAUGUACUCUUUGGUGCGGUUUAUGAAGUUGGACCCGUUCUACAAAUACUUCUGCACCAAAUGUGAGUGUUCCUCAUCUGAGUGGAAGUUCUCUGACUGGCGCCACUGUGAUAUAUGUAAUCACUCUCCCAUGCUACACACCAACUUCUUCAAUCACUUCAUGCUCAAAAACAUUCAGAAGCACGGUAUAAGCGGGGAUGGCCUUACAUCAUUCCAGCAUAUCCGUCUUCUUCUCAGCAACGUCAUGUUGCGCAGAACAAAGCUUGAACGAGCGGACGAUUUGGGACUUCCUCCUCGGAUUGUGGAGAUCAGGAAGGACCGAUUCAAUCCGGAAGAGAAAGAUUUGUACACCUCACUUUACAGUGACUCUAAGCGUAAAUUUAACGAUUAUGUGGCGGAGGGUGUGGUUUUGAAUAACUAUGCCAAUAUUUUUACGUUGAUUACCAGAAUGAGACAAUUGGCAGACCAUCCAGAUUUGGUGUUGAAGCGAGUGGGCUCCAAUGCUAUCUCGCAGGAGGUUGAUGGAGUCAUCAUGUGUCAGUUAUGCGACGACGAGGCCGAAGAGCCUAUUGAAUCCAAGUGCCGGCACCGGUUCUGUCGAAUGUGCAUUCUGGAAUAUUGUGAGAGUUUCAUGGGUGAACUGAAGAACUUAGCAUGCCCUGUUUGUCACAUUGGCUUAUCUAUUGACUUACAGCAGCCUGCUCUCGAAGUCGAUGAAGAGUUAUUCUCCAAGGCAUCGAUUGUCAACAGAAUUAAAUUGGGUACUCACGGUGGAGAAUGGCGGUCAUCAACGAAAAUUGAGGCUCUUGUUGAGGAGCUCUAUAAAUUGAGAUCAGAUAGACAUACAAUUAAAUCAAUUGUGUUUUCGCAGUUCACUUCCAUGCUAGACCUUAUUGAAUGGAGGCUAAAGCGAGCUGGAUUUGAGACGGUUAAACUUCAAGGAUCCAUGUCCCCUCAACAAAGAGAUAAAACCAUUAAACAUUUUAUGGAGAACACACUGGUGGAGAUAUUCUUGGUAUCAUUGAAAGCCGGAGGAGUGGCAUUGAACCUUUGUGAGGCAUCUCAAGUGUUUUUGAUGGAUCCGUGGUGGAAUCCGAGUGUGGAAUGGCAGUCGAUGGACAGAGUACAUAGAAUUGGUCAGAAACGGCCGAUUCGAAUCACCAGAUUCUGUAUCGAGGACAGCAUCGAGCUGAAAAUCAUUGAAUUACAAGAGAAGAAAGCUAACAUGAUCCAUGCCACCAUUAAUCUGGACGACGGAGCGGUCAACCGGUUAACUCCAGAUGAUCUACAGUUCUUGUUCAUGAACUAA